AUGUUAGUUUCAUCUUACAAUUUUAGUCUAUUUGAGUACAAUCAUUUUGAAAUAAAGGUCAUUUAUAGUCUCGAUAUGGAUCCAGAGGCUGCACGAACUGCCCGGGAAUCUCUGGACCUGUUAUUUCAUAUGUCAAACAUUCUUGAGACCGGGCUUGAUCGUCACACGCUCUCUGUUCUUAUUGCUCUCUGCGAUCUGGGUCUGAACCCUGAGUCACUGGCUGCUGUAGUUAAGGAGCUUCAAAGAGAAACUCCUCCGUCAUCUUCCUCCUCCAUGCCAACAACUCCGUCUGUUCCUUAGAUGGGUUAAUGUUAUCUGCUGCUAAUCAUACACGAGGAGAAGAAAAUGUCUUUGGAGAUGCCAUUGUUUCUGCAACUAUUUAUAUGUGUAAUUUAUUUCCUAUUUCUUUCUGUUAGGCCACGAUGAAAAAAGGUUUGUGUUUUUUGUGGUUUGGAUUGUCAAAGUGAUUGCUAUGUCCAUGCAGGUUCAUGCAGUUGUUUGCCUAUUACCAGCUUCAGACAUAACGUUCUCUCACUUAUUUAUAUGUUCUCUUUUAUUAUUUCAGUUCU